AUGCCUGUGGUUAUCCUCGGCCAGACUCGGCAGAAGCUGCGCAAAACCAAAACAGGCUGCCGUACCUGCAAGAUCCGAAAGGUAAAAUGCGACGAGGCUCGACCAUCAUGUCGUCGCUGUCUGUCGACCGGUCGGGCUUGCGACGGGUACGGCAUCUGGGGUGGUGGCCAGCAUCGAGCUAGUCAGCGGUCUUCACGCCACACUGAUAUUCCCCCUUCAACAGAAAAGCAGCUCUCGUUGCAGCAAGACAGAGAAGGCAUCCAUGCUGCCGCAUUCAGACACAUUCCUCUCCACACCAUCUCGUGGGACGAGCACAUGUGCAUGGAAUGGUUUUUCCAUAGGUCGCUUCGCAAACUUCCAGGGACGUUCGCGCUGGCUUUUUGGCAUAACCUGUUGCCGCAAGCAAGCGUCUCUGAGUCCGUUGUGCUCCAUGCUGUGCUAGCGCUCGGAUCUGUCCAUAGGAGACAAGCGCUCUGCGAUGUGACACCUACCGGAUCACAGGGGGCUAACACAGCAGAAUCAUUCACGCUGCAACAGUACAUCCGUGCGACCAGUGGCCUUCGACAUCGAAUCGAGAAUCAAAGCGGAUGUUCUGUCAAGGUGGCACUCAUCGUCUGUGCAAUCUUCGUCCAUCUCGAGUAUAUGCGAGGCUGCUACCAGACCGCGCUGACUCAUCUUGGACAUGGAAUGAUGUUGCUCGAGGAGGCGCUCGGCAAGGCAGAAGGUGGCCGUGACAUUGUCGACGAGUGGAUAAUGCAGACCUUCACCAGUCUGCUCAUCCAGGCGAAACUCUUUGGGCAGACCGUCCGUCAGCCCCGUUUACUUGCCCAAAUUGAACCGCUCAACGAUGUGUUCCACUCCGUCAACCAUGCCCGACAGAGCCUGGAGCACGUGUUUUUCCGGAUUUUCAGCCUGAUAGCUGAAAAUCAACACCAACAUUGCUCGGAGUCGGGGCCGGCUCAUCGACCGAUCGAUCCAAUUUCUCAGGUCAACGACGCCCGUACGACCAUUCAGAUCGAGCUUGACAACUGGCUGCUAGCAUAUAAGGUAGCCACUCGAAGUGGCGAAGCAGCUGGCAGCCCGGCUCCGGGUUCAGCUCUUGAGCGUUUCUCCUGGAGACUUCUACAUCUAUAUCACACUUUGGCCUGCGUGAUGGUUGAUGAGUGCGAGCAGUCUACAUUUACCGAUAUUUCGUCUGUAUCCCAAUCAUCUGUCACCUCCACUUCGCCGAGUGCCAUGAUAUCCCACUCGCCAGUCUCAUCAAACUUUUCCACGACCUUGCACCAGCUUCAGUGUCACUGUGAUUCGGCGGAAAACGUGAAGGACGACACGGUCACACCUUCCUUCCAUUCGAUCCUGGCCGAAUGCAAAUUCCUAUUCAAGCUCGUCCUCGGACCUUCCAUUCAGUCGUUGGUCCCUCAUCGCACGCCCUCCGACCAAGACCAGUCAAACGCAAUAGCCGAUAUAGGCUGGAUCCCACCGCUCUACUACACCGCAAUUCGCGGUCGCGAAGCCGACGUCAGGAGAGAAGCCAUUCGAUUGUUGCGCCUGGUUCCGCACAGAGAAGGGAUAUGGGAUUCCCUGCUAGCUGCAGCAGUCGCCGAAAAAAUCAUCGAUGUCGAGCAAGCUGCUUGUGACGAGGGUCUAUGCAAGUGCGAGAUGCGCGCCCAGUACGAGUGUAGUGAAGAAGACACGGACCUGGCUGUACAGCUGACGCCCGGUCAGUGUAUAGGCGUGGAGGAGAUGCAUGUUCAACUGCCCGAGGGAAUCCAUGGCAGCCUGGUCUUGGAUUACAGGAUACGCAGGCAGUGUGGAAACUGCUGCACUCAAGGCCGAAGCUGCUAUAAACUGAGCCUUAAACGGUGGGAUUACUAG